UGUUGGUCCACGAGGGCCACAGCCUGCCCGGCUCCAUGCCCGGGCCGGUGGUGGCCAAGGCCGAGGUGGAGAGGUGGUUCACGGCCCCUGGCGUGCGGAGGAUCCGGCUGAAGGAGGGAGGUGUAAGGGGCUCCCUCUUCCUGCCGCCGGGGGAUGGCCCCUUUCCAGGAGUGAUUGACAUGUACGGUGAUGAAGGAGGUUUGAUUGAAUUUAGAUCCAGUCUCCUGGCUACCCGUGGUUUUGCUGCUCUUUCUCUGCCAUAUUUUGACUUUGAAGAUCUGCCUAAGGUCAUGAGAGAAUUCAAACUUGAGUACUUUGAGGAGGCAGCUAGAUUCCUACAGCGUCACCCAAAGGUGAAGGGACCAGGAGUUGGAGUGAUUGGGACUGGGAAAGGGGCAGAAUUAGCACUCUCCAUGAUCACCUUCCUGCCAGAAGUAGUGGCUGCUGUCUGUAUCUCCGGCUGUAGCUCAAACACAGUUGCAGACCUCCAUUAUGGUGAGAUGACUCUGCCUGGGCUGCGCUUUGAUAUGAAUAAGGUCAGUGUUUCUGAUGCUGGUGUAUUUGACACUUUCGAAGCUCUGGAUGACCCAACGAAUCCUGCUAAUUCUCCUUGCACGAUCCCCAUUGAAAAAGCAGAAGGUCACUUUCUCUUUGUGGUAGGGGAAGAUGAUCGUAUGUGGAAGAGCUCCUUAUAUGCUGACCUGGCAAUCGGGCGUCUACGCCAGCAUGGGAAAGAAAAUUUCAAACUCUUGAGAUAUCCAGGAGCAGGCCACAGAAUUGAUCCUCCUUCUACUCCAUUUUGUCAGGCAAAAGCAACAACUAUCAAAGAAGCUCUAGCCAAAUGGGAAGAAAAAAAUGGUCAGAAGGCUUCGGAGGCAAAGGAGGUGAAACUGUACGGUCAGAUUCCUCCUGUAGAGAGGAUGGAUGAAUCUCUCUCCACGCUUGUUAACUGCGAGAAACUAUCGCUGUCUACAAACUGCAUUGAAAGAAUCGCCAACUUGAACAGCCUAAAAAAUUUAAGGAUUCUGUCUUUGGGAAGAAAUAACAUAAAGAACUUGAAUGGAUUGGAGGCAGUUGCAGAUACUUUAGAGGAGCUGUGGAUCUCGUACAACUUUAUUGAGAAACUGAGGGGUAUCCGUGUAAUGAAGAAGCUGAAGGUUCUUUAUAUGUCAAAUAAUUUGGUGAAAGACUGGGCAGAGUUUGUGAGACUGGCAGAGCUGCCAUUACUAGAGGAUCUGGUGUUUGUAGGCAAUCCACUACAAGAGAAAUACGCCUCUGAUCAGAAGAACAAUUGGAUCGAAGAAGCCACCAAACGAGUACCCAAGCUGAAAAAGUUGGAUGGUGAGUUUGAGGCAUGUGGCAAUUGGUGUGAGUUAGCAACUUUAUAUUAAGACAGCCAUGGGGAAGUGAAUCAUAAGCUCAGAAAUUCAUCUGUGUGCCCAUGUAAUAUUUCUCCCUCCUCUCUUUGGAGUUAUUCAGAAGUAGGGUAACUUCUGGCAGCUGAUUUUUUCAGCCCUGGCUGCAGGAUCUUCUGAAAGUGUUUGAUGGAUUUUGGAGUCCAAGUGGUCUUCUGGCCCACAGUUGGGCUGUACUCUUGAAGUGAUCCAGUCAAAUAGUUUUAGUGCAUAACUA